AUGGCAUCUCCAGUGCUUUCGUCGAUUCCAUCUCUCUCUGCUUUCGAUUCUCACAGCACGAAUUGGAAAUCUUAUCGAGAUCGUAUGCAAUUUUAUUUUGAAGCCAAUCGAAUCACACAAGCCAAAGAAAAAAAGGCGUUGUUUCUUUGGGCCGUUGGCUCCACAACGUAUCAGUUACUGGAGAAUUUAAUCUCACCAAGAUCAUUGAUCAGUGACGAGAUAACUUUCGACGGCAUCUUGCACAUACUUGAUGUACACUAUGAUGACACGAAAAACAUAAUGACAUCCACUUAUGAUUUCUAUUCAUGCUACCAGAAGGAAGGACAAUCGUUCAAUGAGUGGAAGGCCGAAUUAUGUGAGAAAUUACGACACUGCGGCUUUACCACCUCGACCUUGAAAGACAAGAUUCAAGACCGAGCGUUGCGCGAUAUGUUCGUGAUUGGUAUUAGAAAUCCCAAGAUCCGGCAAGCCUUACUAAAGGAACAAGACCCGGAUUUAGAAAAAGCUGAAAAAAUCAUUCAAGUGGCCGAACGUCUUUAUGAAGAUGUUGAACAUUUUGGCAAUCCAUCCGUACGUGUUGAUGUUCCUGUCGCCAAAAUACAACAUCAACAACCACAGCGAUUCCUCACUCGACAGUUGAAUCACAACAACGAUAACAACAGACGUCUCAGUCCGUGUGCCACCUGUGGAUCUACCGAACAUGCACGUCAAGCAUGCAAAUAUCGAAAUUACAUCUGUAAUUUUUGUAAACGUCCAGGUCAUCUGGCUCGUGUAUGUCGAAGCCAACAGAAAACAGAAGAAGAUGUGCCUUCAGUAAAACAUGUAUCUACUACAGUUUUUAAAUUAGAUCAUGAAAACCAAACUUCUCAGUCAUUGGUUUCUACUACAGUAAUACCAUUACGCGUAAAUGGUCAUGAAUGCUCAUUCGAACUGGAUACAGGUGCGGUAUAUACAAUCAUCACGGCAAAUGAUUGGAACAAAAUUGGUUCGCCAAAUAUUCGUUCAUCAAAUCUUCGGUUGAAGUCUUUUGGUGGAACCUUAUUGGAAAUUCUAGGCGAAUGCACAGUGAACGUGGAAUAUCGAAGGCAACAAUUCAACUUAUCGGCUAUCGUUGUGAAUGAAUGUGGGCCAUCGCUCCUCGGUAUCCAAUGGAUUCAUCACUUAUACAUGGAUCUCAACUCAAUCAUCCACGGCCAUAACCAUUUUCUUCAAAACGUCCAUCGAAUUGAAGAUCAUCCUGAUCUUCAAUCAGUUUUAAAAAGACAUUCAAAUGUCUUGAAUCAUGAACUCGGUCAUUGCACAAAAGUUCAAGCACACAUCGAACUUAAACCAGAUGCAACACCUAGAUUUUUCAAACCAAGACCAAUACCAUUAGCGUACCUUGAUGGUGUCAAGAUGGAAAUUGAAAGAAAUGUAAAGGCUGGUAUCCUUGAACGCAUUGAUACCUCACUGUGGGCAGCACCGAUCGUACCGGUAAAAAAACCAAAUGGUUCAAUUCGUAUUUGUGGCGAUUUCAAAGUUACAAUAAAUCCACAAAUAUUGGUUGAUCAACAUCCCAUUCCAUCUAUUGACGAACUUCUUGCACGUAUAGGAAGUGGCGAAAAAUUCACGAAAUUGGAUUUGUCUGAUGCGUAUCUUCAAUUAGAGUUGGAUGAGUCCAGUAAAGAAUUGGUUGUAAUAAACACACCACUUGGAUUAUUUAAAUAUUCACGUAUGCCCUUUGGGAUUGCUAAUGCGCCAGCUAUUUUCCAACGGGUAAUUGAUCAAGUAAUUGCAGGCAUUUCGAAUUGCAUUGCGUAUCUGGACGAUAUUUUAAUCACUGGUGCUAAUGAAUCCGAACAUUUAUACACUCUGGAACUGGUUUUGUCGAAACUAUCGGACUUUGGCUUAACAUGUAAUCCAGAGAAGUGUUCAUUUUUCGAAGAUGAAGUAUCGUAUUUGGGUUACAUCAUUGACAAGCACGGGAAAAGGCCUGAUAAUAAGCGUGUUGAAGCAAUCAUCAACAUGCCUACACCAACGAACUUAAAAGAGGUCGAAGCCUUUAUUGGUAAAGUAAAUUAUUACAGCAAAUUCAUUCAGAAUUUUUCAAGCAAAUGCAAACCUUUAAAUGAGCUUCGUCGAGCGAAUGUCAAGUGGGUUUGGACCAAUGAAUGUCAAGAAACAUUCAAUCAUCUUCGACAAGAAAUUGCUUCUGUCACAACACUCGUUCAUUUCGAUUCCAAACUUCCAAUAGUUCUGGCCACGGACGCAUCUAAUUAUGGGUUAGGUGCCGUAAUCAUGCACCGUUAUUCCGACGGUACGGAGCGACCUAUAGCUCAUGCCUCCAAAACAUUAACACCAGCCGAGACAAAGUACAGUCAAAUAGAAAAAGAAGCACUAUCCAUUAUUUAUGGAGUAAAAAAAUUCAACCAAUACUUAGCAGGUCGAUCAUUUGAACUCAACACGGAUCACCAGCCACUUCUAACAAUUUUCAAUCCUUCGAAAGGUUUACCAAUGUCGACUGCAAACAGAUUGCAAAGGUGGGCGCUUUUUCUCAUGGGAUAUACAUAUACGAUUCGAUAUAAAUCAACUCACUUUCAUGGAAAUGCCGAUGGUCUAUCCCGUCUUCCAGCUGGGCCUGAUGAUACAUUCGAGGAUGAAGAAGCUUGGCAAAUAAAUUACAUUCAAGAUAAAUCAAUUCAAGAAUGGCCACUACGAGCAGCUGAUAUUGCCGCAGCCACUGAUUCCGAUGAAACACUUCGAAUAGUUAAAGAAUAUACACUGAAUAAAUGGCCACCAUCCAUAUCCAAAUCGAAAGACCGCCAGAUAAUUCCAUAUCACAUGUGUCGAUAUGAAAUAUCUGUCGUGCACGGUUGUCUUUUACGUGACACACAAUUGAUUAUUCCCACGACGCUAAGAGGUGAAAUUCUCAAACUAUUGCAUAAAGCCCAUCUGGGACCAAUAAAAAUGAAACAAUUAGCAAGACUACAUUGUUGGUGGCCGGGAAUCAACGAAGAUAUUGUCAAACUGUCGCAAUUGUGCCAACAAUGCUCUCAAGCACAUGCCAAACCACCACAACAAUUCAAACAAUGGGAAGAACCCGAUACAACUUGGUCACGGGUUCACAUGGACUUUGCUGGUCCUAUUUGGGAUUCCAAGUGGUUGAUCAUUAUUGAUGCUAAAUCUAAAUUUCCUUUUGUCUUCGAUAUGAAAAAUGAUACCACUGCGCGAAGUGUUAUUGAUGCAUUAGAGAUGGUUUUCGAUUGGUUUGGACCGCCAAAAACUUUGGUAUCGGACAAUGGUCCGCCAUUUACUAGCCAAUCAAUGCUAAAUUUUUACAAUAAGUACGGAAUCGAUCAUGUAACAACUGCACCAUAUCAUCCGGCUAGUAAUGGAAUUGCUGAAAGAUUCGUUCGGACGUUCAAAGAAACCGUUUUGAAAGAGAUGGAGUCACAUAAGAUCGAUAAAUUUACCGCCCUUCGUAAUGUCUUACGAAGUUAUCGUUGGACCCCACAUACUUCAACCGGUCUCUCUCCAGCAGAAAUGAUGUUUCAACAUUCUAUACGCACCGAAUUUGAUAUCAUGAAGCCCACAGUACCGGUCGAAAACACCACAACAGCUAAAUACGCCAUUGGGGAUUCAGUUUGGGCACUAAACUAUCAAACAAAUCAAAUACCCAAAUGGAAAUUGGCAACUGUUACAAAAAACUUAGGCUCAAUGACCUACGAAAUUAAAUCAUCGGACGGACUACAUCACAAACGCCAUCAAAACCAACUUCGUCGGGAUUAUACACAGCAUGAGUAUUCAGCUGACACGGAUAGUCUAGCAGAUGAUUUAAUAACGGAUACAACACCAACCAUAUUAGACAACUCAUCGAAACAGUCAUCUCCACGUUAUCCUCGUCGAAAUCGGAAACCACCAGAUCGUUAUACCCCGUCAUAA